UGAAGUUCUAGUUUACAUGAAUCUACAGUAAUCGACGAGCACGUCGGCUCGUCCGUUUUCGGAGUUUCCGCUCAGUAUGAACCUGUAUGAACUGCCUAUGUGGAGCCCCUCACCCUUAUAGCGAGCGGAUGCAAGUCUCGACACUUUGUCACCUCUCUUUCUCGUACUUCCGCCCACUCGCUAGGUGAGCUGCCAUUGUUCUCUCGGUCGCUCUCUCUGUCUCGUACUGACAUAUCUCCGUUCGCGCCAUAUGGCGACUACAGAUAAAAAUCGUAGUAUUUGCAUAGUAUCUUCUUCACUCUCAACAUUGCUGAGGAUGUCUGCAAUGAGUCGCCUCCCGCAAGAGAUCUUUGACAUCAUCGUUAAGUAUCUGGAUGGAGAUCAGGCAAGCCUGCUGUCCUGCUCCCUGGUUUCUAUGGCAUGGGGUUCUGCAGCUCGUCGGCUUCUUUUCCGUUCCAUGAAUAUCGGAAACGGCGAUACUCUGCAGGAAUUUACGACGACCCUAAGCGCGAACGGCAGCCUUCGUUUCUGCGUCAAAGCUUUGACAGUACGAGGAUAUUUCGAGAACCCACAGCUGUCUUCUUCUUUGGAGCGCUCGGAGGAUUUUAAAACACUGACAGGCGUCCUUGAUAAACUACCUAAUCUGCAGUCGCUCUUUCUCGAUGAAGUCAUGUUCAUCUCCCGAGAAGCAGGGUCCCUGUGUACAUCGACAUGGUCAAUCAGGAAGCUGAGCUGGAAGAACGAACACUGUGCCGCUUGCUUUGACUUGGACUAUCAAACACAGUUCAUUGACAUCCUUCACCUUUUCCACAAUGUUGAACAUCUCACUCUCCAUCUUCUCUACCUUCCCAAUCUGCUCCAUAUCCCCUUACAAACUUUACCUUCCUCACUUCAUCCAAAGUCUCUCACUCUCAGUUAUGCUAUGAAUUCAUCGCGGACCGAUUUUUCGAUCUGCAACUUUCUCCAGUCUGCGAUGUCGUUUCGAGAACUGCGGGAUUUGACAGUCGACCUUGCAGAUGAUGACAGUUUAUGGGGAACAGGGGAGAUCAUACGUGCUGCUGCAUCUAGCCUUCAUUCCCUCACGUUGGUCAUAUCGUCCGGCGUACAAAGGACAACCGCAGAUGACUGGAACGCAUGGACGGAUCGUUACCUUAGUCCCUGCUCAUCUCUGAAAUCCCUUCAUUUCCGAAUUAGGCAGACAGCUCGGUGCCAUUCGAGCGAUGGCGAAGGAUACUGGAGCAUCAUGACUGCCGUCGCGAACAAUGCACUCUGGAGAGCUAUAGCUACCAUGUUAUCAACUAUCUCACGGAGCCAUCGAGGGCUGUCGAUCGCCAUUUUCUCGACCCUUGAUUCUCUCACAGGCGUGGUUUCCGACACUAGUUGGACUUUGAUGUCCAAUGACAUCUGGAGUCCCUUUUCCGAUGCGCUGUCCGAAAGUAGGGAGUUGAAAAGCGUGCGAUUCGUGGGGCGGUGCACACCCGGAAACUUUUCUUCCCCAUUCGAGAGUCUGGAGAGAUUUGAGGCCAUUGUUCGGGAACACUUAGGCACGUUCUUUGAUCGGGGUAUCUUGAAGGUCGAGAAAGAGAUACCCUAAUAAUGUGAGCCUUUGGAGAGGGGGAGAGGGUGUAUAGUCUUGCAAGAAUGCAUCGCAUGAAAAGUUAUAUAUCUUGGAUAUAUAGUGUAUCAGAAAGGUUAUUGCCUACAGAGACAAUGACACUAGUUUAGACAAAUUGUUUCAGCGACGGUGAGCCAGAGUCCUUAGCACUUAUAUGUACGAAUGGAAGAUACUUAGUCUGAGAGAAAACAUGGUGUGAAGUUCCAGUUUUGAAUGUUAAGUCAUUUCAUGAAGCGAAGUAGUGUUACGCGUAGUGGUUUUUACGGACUAUAUAGUGUUCCGCGAAGGCAGGUGCAGACGAAUGGAAUUAAAGGUUUCAAGUGGAG